GUAUCUCUGACACAACAAACAGCGUAGAAAAAGAUUUCAGGGAAAAAUAAUAAAAUGCACAGAAAAAUAGAAUUCGUGUCAAAUCACUAAACGUUAUUAAAUAUUAAUUAAAAAUCAUUUGUUCUCGGAAAGGGAGAAAAUUUCUGCAGAAGACGACGUCUUGAGAUUAGAAUGAAUGAUCAACACGUCGCUCUCUAGCUGCCUCUCCUUGUGAAACAAAAAAGUGCACAAACUUGUGAAAAAAGCAAGCAUAUAAUCUAUCUUUACCAUCAGGCCCAUCAGAAUUCCGAGGUUGGUUUGGUCAGUAUUAUCUCGCUGUUCUUGAGGAAUUUACUGAGAGUCAGAGGAGAGCUGAGCAGUAGUUGAUGAUGGCGGUGGUGGUUUAUGGGUUGUUGAACCAGGGUUGCUGACGAUGAGAAGGGAAGAAGAAGGGGGGAUGCCAAGCUUCGAUUCUCGGUUGCCAGUUCCAAAUGCAUGCCCUACAGAAGGAAGCACAUUUGAGUCUUUUCAUGUUUCUGACUUUGGAGCCUUUGAUCAAUCUGUCAGAUAUCGCUUAGAUGACGCUGCUAACUUGACUGGAAACCAAGUGUCUAACUUGACCAAAGUAAGUAGCCAAACAAAUUCUCUUGGUCCUGUUCCUGUUGGUAAUUUUGAUAAGUUGUCAACUUCACUUGAUAUAGACAAAUUCACUAAGCAAUCAGAGUCCCAAGUGUUGCAGUUGCAGAAGGUCCAACCAUCAAAUUUGGUAAUCAUAUCAGGUGGUAAUACAGAAAACCAGGAAGAGUCUGCCAUGGCUGAUGUUAGUCCCAGGACAGAUAUUUCUACAGAUGCUGAUACUGAUGAAAAGAAUCGGCGGUUUGAUAGAAGUCUCUCCAAUGCUGCUGUUGCUUCUGAUUCCAGUGACAGAUCAAAGGAUAAGUUGGACCAGAAGACUCUCCGCAGGCUUGCUCAGAAUCGGGAGGCUGCGAGAAAAAGCCGGUUGAGAAAGAAAGCUUAUGUCCAGCAGUUAGAAAGUAGUCGGUUGAAGUUGACCCAACUAGAGCAAGAGCUUCAGCGAGCUAGACAGCAGGGAAUCUUCAUAUCAAGCUCAGGCGACCAGGCACAUUCAAUGGGUGGAAAUGGGGCAAUGGCAUUUGAUGUAGAAUAUUCUAGGUGGCUAGAAGAGCAGAAUCGACAAAUUAAUGAACUAAGAGCAGCUGUAAACUCCCAUGCUAGUGAUACAGCUCGCAUGAUUAUUGAUGGUAUAUUGGCACAUUAUGAUGAGAUUUUUAAGCUGAAGAGCUCUGCUGCUAAGAAUGAUGUUUUCCAUUUGUUGUCUGGCAUGUGGAAAACACCUGCUGAGAGAUGUUUUCUAUGGCUUGGGGGUUUUCGGUCAUCAGAACUCCUCAAGCUUUUGGUAAAUCAACUGGAACCUCUUACCGAGCAGCAGUUGGUCGGUAUUACAAACCUGCAGCAAUCGUCUCAACAGGCGGAAGAUGCAUUAUCUCAGGGUAUGGAAGCAUUGCAGCAGUCUUUAGCUGAAACACUGUCCAGUGGAUCCCUUGGUUCAUCUGGUUCAUCAGGGAAUGUGGCAAAUUACAUGGGUCAAAUGGCUAUGGCCAUGGGUAAGCUAGGAACCCUUGAGGGCUUUAUUAGACAGGCUGACAAUCUGAGGCAGCAGACACUGCAACAAAUGCAUCGAAUAUUGACAACUCGCCAGUCGGCUCGUGCGCUGCUCGCUAUCCAUGAUUACUUCUCUCGGCUGCGUGCUCUCAGUUCUCUCUGGCUGGCUCGCCCAAGAGAUUGAUGGGAUUGCAACCAAGAUAUCCAAAAGUUGCUUUUCAUGGAUGAGGCAGUCCCAAUCAACACUUACAUCAUCAUCAUCAUCAUCAUCAUCAUAGGCAUUUUACUCUUGCUAGAUUUUCUGUCACUUUCUUUAUGUAUUCUAAUGGUUGUGAUCAUAGUUUUAACACCUACAGGUUUUCUUGUGUUGUCUGUGUUUGACUGAUGUUUUUGUUUCACAAAAUCAUGUUGUCUAGAAAUGAAAGUGUUAACCACCUAUAUGUAUUUGGUUUACUGUUACUAAUAAUAUUGAUAACAAGCAGUGCGCUUGUAACUGAUGGCC